AAUUUGUAUUUUUGUUCAGAUUCACAUGACCUCAAGACUGCAUUUUCCUCUCUUCCAAAAAGUAGUCCCUCUGUAAAAGUUGUUUCAACUUUUUCCCCUUUUCCUCUUUCUUUAUUCGCAAAUUUCUUGCUUUGGCUUCUGGGCUUCAUUCUAAAAAUCAAAAUGGGACUUGCAAAAAAUGAUUGCACUGGCUCUGUAGAGCCUCUUCAAAAAAAAUUCCCCUCCAAGAAACAAACUGCAUUUUCUAAUGCUGUAUAUGAAUUCUACGUGAACUCUGAAAAUGAUUAUUAUGAGGUAAAAUUCAAGUCUUUCCUGCACAAAAUGAUAAGGGAUUUUGGUUUAAAUUGCUUCAAACCUCACCGGCGCCGGAGCUCCGGUAAGAAUCAGGGGACUGAUGACAAUUGUGGCGGGCCUGGCAGCCAUUUGGAGCACAACAAAGCUUGGUUGUUGGCGGAGUCUGUUGGCUGUGGGGCUGAGGAGCCACACUCAGUGCCCUCUUUCAGGUUCAAUUUCUGCUCUCAGAUUGAGCUUGAAUCAGUAAAUGUGAAUAGUUGUUUUUCCUCUGCAGUUGUUUUGAUGGUAAAUUUGGAUAAUGGAUCCUCGUCUGAUUCAAAUUCUAAAGAGUUGAAAAGGAGGGGAAUUGAAUCACUUGAGAGAAGUAUUUCUCCUGUGGCACAUUCCUUGAUUAAGUUAAGCUAUGCUGAAAUUCUUUCUGCCACUAGAAAUUUCUCUAAAGGUAGAGUAUUGGGAAGAGAGGCAUUAAGUUGUGUGUUUAGAGGAAGAGUAGGGUUUCUGAGCACUGCAGUGGCAAUUAAGCGGUUGGAUAAGGAAGAUAAAGAGUCACCAAAGGCAUUUUGUAGGGAAUUGAUGAUUGCUAGUUCUCUGCAUAACCAGUAUAUUGUUCCUCUGGUGGGAUACUGUACUGAUCCUGAGGAAGGCUUGUUUCUAGUCUACAAGUAUGUUUCCGGUGGAAGCUUAGAACGAUUUUUGCAUGGGAAAAAGACGGGAGGGAAAGCUGGUCGAGCGCCUCCGUGGUGGGCCAGGCAUAAGAUUGCUGUAGGAGUUGCGGAGGCAAUUGGAUACUUGCAUAGUGGAACUGAAAGAUGUGUUGUUCAUAGGGAUAUCAAGCCCUCAAAUAUCCUUCUUUCUUCCAAGAAGGCACCUAAGUUGCAUGACUUUGGAUUGGCUACAUGGACUCCAUUGCCUUCUGUGCCGUUUCUCUGCAAAACUGUCAAAGGAACAUUUGGGUACUUGGCUCCUGAAUAUUUUCUGCACGGCAAGGUAUCUGAUAAAACUGAUGUUUACGCCUUUGGGGUUGUCCUCUUGGAACUAAUAUCUGGCCAGAAGCCAAUUGAGGCAAAAAGAGGACCUGGUGAAGAAAACUUGGUCUCAUGGGCAAAGCCGCUAUUGCAGCAAGGAGCCGUUGAAAAAUUGCUUGAUCCACGCCUAAGAUUCACUACAAAGAAUUCCAAUCAGAUAGCUCAGAUGGUUCAAGCCGCUGCUGCUUGCUUACAGAGUAAAGAAUCACGUAGGCCUGAAAUGGGCGAGAUCAUAGCCAUACUCAAGGGAAGAGAAUACAAUUGCUUAAUCAACAAGAAGGUUAUGCCAGGUAACAGCAGUGUAAUCGAUUGUUACCCUCAAUUUGAGCAGACUAGAAGUGAAAUGAAAACUCAUUUAGCCUCGGCCGUGCUAGGCAUCAAGUUUGAUGACGAAGAUCAACUCUACUCCUGGUGAUACACCAAUCCUUUUGUAACUGAUGUUCCUUUCUUCUUUUCUUUUUGUAUUCAAUUUAGGUACUGGUUAAAGAAAGAAUUUUUAGGCUUAGAUCCAAAAAGUUCGAUUUUGUAUAUUGAAACAAUAGCCUGAUGAGUUAUUGUGCUUAUAGAUCUGCAUGUCCUUGUCCAAAUUCUUUUCUCGACUAAACUUGCAGAUAUAAUUUGUAAAAGAUGUUUUAACAUUCGGAAUUCAAACUAUUCAUUUCAAAUUAGAGGUUUACA